UGACCCAGCCUGCCGGGCAGGGCUGAGUGGCUGGACGGAGCACGUGACGCUCGCAGCCUGGCUCUUGGCUCCGGGUAGUGGGGGCCCGCCCCGCGCGCCGAAGGCUGAAAUCGGCUUUUGCCUCCGGCAGGAAAAUGAGCUUGUCAGUUUCUUUCUCUAAGCGGACCCUCAACCCACUGGAGCAGGGGAUUUCGGUAGCAUUUAAAUUUUAUGUCUCAGGAAUCUGAAAGCAAAAGUUGGUGGAAGGCUAGGCCAGCUGCCCACACCAAACACACCGCCCUGAAAGGAGGCCAGAGCGAGGCUUCCCGGCCACUCGCUCCUCGCCUACAGGGACUUCCAGGGUCUUCCCCCGCCCCCCUCCCCUCCUCGCCCCGAGGGCGUCACGUGGCGGCGUGGGCCCGCCUCCCGGUGACGUCAGCGCGCUCGCAGCCGUUGAGCCGAAGAAAGGAUGCUCUAGGAUGCGGUGCAGGUGGGCGACCGGCCUGCGCCAUGCGGCACUGCAGGUGUAAGUAGCAUGGUCAAUGCAGGAGCGAUGAGUGGCUCUGGAAACCUGAUGGAUUUCCUUGACGAGCCGUUCCCUGAUGUGGGGACGUAUGAGGACUUCCACACCAUCGACUGGCUGAGGGAGAAGUCACGGGACACCGACAGACACAGAAAGAUAACCAGCAAAAGCAAGGAGUCCAUAUGGGAGUUCAUCAAGAGCUUGCUGGACGCCUGGUCGGGAUGGGCGGUGAUGCUGCUCAUCGGCCUGCUGGCAGGCACCCUGGCCGGGGUCAUCGAUCUCGCCGUCGACUGGAUGACAGACCUGAAGGAGGGCAUCUGCCUGUCCGCCUUCUGGUACAGCCACGAGCAGUGCUGCUGGACUUCCAAUGAGACCACGUUUGAGGACAGGGACAAGUGUCCCCUGUGGCAGAAGUGGUCGGAGCUGCUGGUGAAACAGUCGGAGGGUGCCAGCGCUUACAUUCUGAAUUACCUAAUGUACAUCCUGUGGGCGUUGCUGUUUGCGUUUUUGGCCGUCUCCCUGGUACGAGUAUUUGCACCAUACGCCUGUGGCUCUGGUAUACCCGAGAUAAAGACCAUCUUGAGUGGCUUCAUCAUCAGGGGCUACUUGGGCAAGUGGACCCUGCUGAUCAAGACUGUCACCCUGGUGCUGGUGGUGUCCUCGGGCCUGAGCCUUGGCAAGGAAGGGCCACUGGUGCACGUGGCAUGCUGCUGUGGCAACUUCUUCAGCAGCCUCUUCUCCAAGUACAGCAAGAACGAGGGCAAGAGGCGCGAGGUGCUGUCAGCUGCGGCCGCUGCUGGGGUCUCUGUCGCCUUUGGUGCUCCGAUCGGGGGUGUGCUUUUCAGUCUGGAAGAGGUCAGCUACUACUUUCCCUUAAAGACCUUGUGGCGGUCCUUUUUUGCGGCCCUGGUGGCAGCCUUCACGCUGCGAUCCAUCAAUCCCUUUGGGAAUAGCCGCCUCGUCCUCUUCUACGUGGAGUAUCACACGCCCUGGUACAUGGCCGAGCUCUUCCCCUUCAUCCUGCUUGGGGUCUUCGGGGGCUUGUGGGGAACCCUCUUCAUCCGCUGCAACAUCGCCUGGUGCAGGAGGCGCAAAACCACCAAGCUGGGGAAGUACCCGGUGCUGGAGGUCAUCGCGGUGACCGCCAUCACUGCCAUCGUCGCCUACCCCAACCCCUACACGCGCCGCAGCACGAGCGAGCUCAUAUCCGAGCUCUUCAAUGACUGUGGGGCCCUCGAGUCCUCCCAGCUCUGUGACUACAUCAAUGACCCCAACAUGACGCGACCCGUGGACGACAUCCCCGACCGCCCGGCCGGGGUCGGGGUUUACACGGCCAUGUGGCAGCUGGCCCUGGCGCUGAUCUUCAAAAUCGUCAUUACCAUAUUUACCUUUGGCAUGAAGAUCCCGUCCGGUCUCUUCAUCCCCAGCAUGGCUGUGGGGGCCAUGGCAGGCAGGAUGGUGGGAAUUGGCGUGGAGCAACUGGCUUACCAUCACCACGACUGGAUCAUCUUUAGGAAUUGGUGCAGGCCCGGAGCAGACUGCGUCACCCCAGGGCUCUAUGCCAUGGUGGGAGCUGCCGCCUGCCUAGGUGGAGUUACCAGGAUGACGGUGUCAUUGGUGGUUAUCAUGUUUGAAUUGACGGGUGGUCUCGAGUACAUCGUGCCCCUGAUGGCAGCAGCCGUGACCAGCAAGUGGGUGGCUGAUGCCUUUGGGAAGGAAGGCAUCUACGAGGCCCACAUCCACUUAAAUGGGUACCCGUUCCUGGACGUGAAGGACGAGUUCACCCACCGCACGCUGGCCACCGACGUCAUGCGGCCAAGGCGGGGGGAGCCGCCGCUGUCCGUGCUCACCCAGGGCAGCAUGACCGUCGAGGACGUGGAGACGCUCAUCAAGGAGACCGACUACAACGGCUUCCCCGUGGUCGUCUCCAGGGACUCGGAGCGCCUCAUCGGGUUCGCCCAGAGGAGGGAGCUGAUUCCUGCCAUAAAGAACGCCAGACAGAGGCAGGAGGGCAUCGUGAGCGACUCGGUCAUGUACUUCACCGAGGAGCCCCCUGAGCUGCCAGCCAACAGCCCGCAGCCCCUGAAGCUGCGGCGCGUCCUGAACCUCAGCCCUUUCACCGUCACGGACCACACCCCCAUGGAGACGGUGGUGGACAUCUUCCGGAAGCUGGGGCUCCGCCAGUGCCUGGUGACGCGGAGCGGAGCCGAGAGAUUUGGUGGCCCACGGCAUCGUCUCCGCCGCAGCCAUAUUGCUUUCGCUCUGUGUUAUCACAAACCAGGAAACCAGCACUGCAGAGAGCAAAGGAGACUUCUUGGCAUCAUCACGAAAAAGGAUGUUCUGAGACAUAUGGCCCAGAUGGCAAACCAGGACCCUGAAUCCAUCAUGUUUAAUUAGAAACAAGAUGGCAGUUUCUUUGAGAAAAAUACAACUGUGUCAUUUGAAAAGAAAUAAACAAAUGAUAUGUCAUCCUAAUGAACGGUCAUGCACUGGGGGCAGCGGAAACAAAAGCUUUGUUUAAAAGGAAGGGAAGAAGAAUGAAACUUAGAAAAAAUACAUUGGCGAGUAGGCAUUUUAUAGCUUUAACCCCUUAUGAGUUUCAAGCUGUGUUAUGAGUUUAAUAACUACUGUGGGGGCCCGUGGGUGGGUGUAAAUGAUACGGUUUGUACAAGGACAUGGAACACAAUUGCUGAGUCAAGAAACAUUUGCCCCUCCUGUUGAAGGCUGGUGUUGGUGAAGCUUUGAGUCUGAAAGGCCAAGGGGUAUUGGCGUGUCAGCGUCCUUAUUUAUUGGUUCCUGAGGUUUGGCUGUUAUGUUACUGAAUCAGAUUAAAGAUAUUUGCACUUACUUUGUUGGAAAAGAAAAAUUAAAUGUGAACGUAGUGAAAGCUGCAAGUAUGCUAGUGGGUUCACUCGUGACCAGCCGUUGCUGGCUCCUGUAUUCAGCCUGUUAUUUUGCUUAUCCAUUGCUUUCUGAACCAACAUUGGGUCACCUGCCAUGUUGAGUAUGAAGAAAUCAUUUCUCUAUGCAAGACCAGCAUCUUGGGACUGCGCGAUGAACUGUCGAGCAUUUAGUGCUGCACUGUUUCCUGCCACGAAAAGGGAUUCAUGCUUAUUUUGAGGGUAUACAUACCCCUCAUUGAUUUGCAUCCCCAUCGCAUUUGCUUCAUUUAUUUGUUGCUGUUACCUGUGCAUUCUUAAAUAUUGAUCAGUCUAGCGCUUUCCAAGGGCCAUGUCCUAUAUUCUGCCAGCUUGCCGUAGUGGCUGAAUUUCCAAAUAGCAUAUGCAAGAAUCAAAACAGGCUACCCAGUGUUACUACUUUUUUUUCCUCUCAGAUCCUAUUAAAUGUGGCUGCCGAGAGGGUGAGGCAGACGAGUUCUCUGUGGGAACUCCUCCAAAUGGGUUGCAAGAGAAAUGCUAAGUUGAUUCUAAAUCUGUUCCAUUCUCUUCUCUGUAGAGUGCAAAACAUUCAGCUUUAAAGUGUAAGCAUGUACUUUCAUAUUAACAAUCAAAGCGCAGAAGGACAGAGUAAAAUUCGAGACAGCCAAUUUGAGCACUGGGUGUUUUUGAACUGAACGUUAUGAUACAUUUAUUCUUUUAGUCAGGACUUCUGUCUUGUCCGUGGGAAGGAAGUUGUGUUUCUUAGGUCCACUGGGUGAUCUCUGUAAGACUGAUCCCCCUUGCCCGUUCACUUUCGUCUUUGUUCUUCCCUUUUCACCGAGUCAACCUCAUCCUUUUCAUUCUCAUCAUUGGAUAUUGAUGUGUCAGGUGUGCAUUUGGCUGCAAGUAAUAGAAAACUGAACACACAACGAAGAGCUGCAUAAGAAACCUGGAGGUGGGCACUCAGGACCGUCUGUCUCUGUAGUAUCGUCGACGACUCACAGUCUUUGGUAGUUUUUUCCUACCAUCCUUACCCUUUCUCGUUUGGGUCACUGCCUUGUAGUCACAAGAUGCUCACUGAACCGCCAGGUCUGGUAUCUGCUUUCUAAGCAGAAAGAGGGAGGAAGAGGCAAAUGACAAGGCGCAGUGUCCGUGUCGGGAAGGCAAAGCUUUCCCCGAGAUGCUCGGCUUUCCUCCACUGGCUAGCCUUCUGUCGCAUGGCGCCCCCAGCUGUGUGUGAGUCUGGGAAGGAAAAUAUUUAGCUACGUAGGCAUAUUACGCUGAAUGAGAUUGAGACUCUCUGAGUAAGGAAGGGGGAUUGCUCCUUGGGAGAGGGUGUUGUCUGCUCUGUUGGACGCUGUCAUCGUGUCCCUGUCAUUGUCCUUCUCUUUCUCACUGACCCCCUCCAAACACUCUCCUGUGACCUUAUAGUCCCCCACCCCUCCUCUUGGCUUUGACGUAGAACUCCCAGUCAGAUGCCAUCGUUUCUUAGCCCUAAUAAAAAUGUUCAUUCUGGAUAAAAACCUAUCUAUAAGAGGGCUUCCGUGAAACUUCUAGUGGAUACAAGAAAAUAUACGGAUAUGUUUAACCUGACUGAAAACUUAAAGGAGUUUAAGUCAGAUCACGCUGACAAAUUAUGGAAAAUAUGUUUCUGUAAUUAAUUGGCCUCCUCCCAAAUAAUAUCAGAUAGGCACUUCGGUGUGGAAAGGUCAGUCUAUACUAGAGAAUGUAAUCUUUGGUCCUAUAAGAGAAUGAAAUUUGUUGUCUCACUCACAGCACCUAAGUACUGAGUAACGGAUCCUAACAUUUUGUUGCUAUUGAGGUUUCCACGGAACAGUGCGAGUGAAGCUGGAUUCUCCUGGACUUUCAAUCCUAAAAAGUCUUAAUGUACUUCCCUUCUUAACUCCCAUGUAGGCUCUCGAAAGAGUCUUAGUCGUAGCCUCGAUUUUUAUAAUCCAGGACACCCUGUUAGCCGAAACAAGGAGCUUCAGAAGGGAACAUGCAACAGUGAACAGACAGCCAAAGGUCAGUAAAACCACAGAAUUCCCCCUCCUCCAGCUGAGGCCUGGGAAGGGGAGGGGAGAGUUGACUCUGGGCCGAGGUCACCGAUGGGGCUUGUGUCCUCUCCCCAUUGCUUAGCAUGGAGACGUCCGUGGGGUUCAGAGGGCCAGCAUCAGACAGGCAGGUCGAGGCCGGGAUCGGGGGCUUGCGGCGUCACUGCCAGAGCCAAUUGCCUGCCUUCCCUGGAGCCCUGACCUGUAGCCACCGGCCCGGGCCUCAGACACACUCACGGGGAACGCACUGCUGGGCCCUUUGUGACACUUUCUCAUAGAAGUACGUGGAUGGGGAUUCUGAAGGUGUUGCCUGUAUUCAAAUGUAGAACUUCAUCCACUUUACCUGGUGACCUGUUGAACGAGAUAAGUAGAUCUGGAAUGUGGACGUGAAACCAACAUUUCUUAGAAUACUGUUUUUGUUUCAUUUUCCAGAACCAAAGGCUGUAGACAUUCAUUGAACUUUCUGGAUUCUUUCUGAAUUGUUUUUUUAAUGUAAAUAAAUAUAAGUACAUAAUGGAAAAGGAGUUCUGUAAUGAGGUACAUCAACCUACUUCUUGCUCUUUUUCUAUCACUAAGGGAAUGUGUUACAGAAGGACAGAUGGCAAAUAAAAAGCAUCCCG